AGCAUAUUCACACGCAUAGAAACAACAUCGUCAAGAAACAGCAACCAAGCAUCCAAAGUUUCACCCGUCUUGUUUGGCAAUCAAUCUUCAAACCCUAAAAUCAAAAUUCAGCAAAAAUUUGCAAAUAUAUCCAUUAUCAGAUGGGUUUAUUGGAUUUGGAAAAACACUUUGCUUUCUACGGAGCAUAUCACAGCAACCCAAUAAAUAUUUUUAUUCAUAUGUUGUUUGUUUGGCCAAUCCUUUUCACAGCUCUUCUUCUUUUAUAUUUUACACCUCCUUUAUUCAGUGAUUCCCCAAUUGUUUUGUGCGAUCAUAGUGUAUUAGUCUUGAAUUCUGGGUUCUUGUUCACUGUAAUUUAUGCCCUGUUCUAUGUAUGUUUGGAUAAGAAAGCCGGCUCUUUGGCUGCUUUAUUGUGCUUUUUCUGUUGGGUUGCAAGCAGUUCUGUUGCGAAUCGCCUGGGAUAUUCUUUGGCUUGGAAGGUUGUCCUGGCAUCUCAGUUAUUCUGCUGGACAGGACAGUUUAUAGGCCAUGGUGUAUUUGAGAAACGAGCACCUGCUCUUUUAGACAACCUGGUUCAAGCAUUCCUGAUGGCACCUUUCUUUGUAUUGCUGGAGGCUCUAUCAUUCUUUGGUUAUGAACCAUACCCAGGGUUUAACACUCGGGUUAAAGCAAAAAUUGAUGCUGAAAUCAAAGAAUGGAAGGAGAAGAAAAUUUCGUAAAUUGAACAAUUUCAUAUCGAAACAAUACACUUCUUUCUUCCCUCAUCUUACACUUCUGUUGUAACUUGACUCCCUGAAUGUCUAUAUAUUGAACUGUGUAACAAACACCAUCGUGUGGUUUAUGCUCAAAGUGUCCUCUCCCAACUUAUGGAUGCACAAUGACAAGCAGCUUGGUCUGAUGGUUGUUGCAUUGUCUGGUCAAUUCAAUUCUA